AUGCAAAAACCAGAAACUAAAGUGAAUUGUACUUCAACAUUAUUUUUUGCUCGUCUUGGAGCAAUUAAACAACAAGAAUUAAGACAAUAUUGCGAAAAGUUUGGAGAUGUUAAAGAUGUUACAAUUAUUACUGAUUCAAAAACAAUGAAAAGUAAAGGAUGUGGAUUUGUUAAAUUUGUUAAUCAUGUUUCAGCUAAAAAAUGUUUAGAUGCAAGUCAAAAACAUAUUGAUCCUUCUAAAAAAGGAUGGGUUGUUGAAUGGGCAAAAUCUACUCAAAUUAAAGAAAUUGAUUUAGAUAAAUUUACAUUAUAUAUAACGGGAAUAACAAAAGAAAUUUGUACUGAAGAAAAAUUAAGAAAUAAAUUUAGUAAAUAUGGACAAAUUGAAAGUAUUACAAUUCCUACUGUUAAUGGAACAGUUCAAUAUGCAUUUAUUUGUUUCUCUACAACAGAAGCUGCUGCAAAUGCAUUAAAUAAUGAAAAUGGAACUGAUUGGGAUGGAAAUGUUCUUGUUGUAGAAUAUUCUGAAGCAACAGAAAGUAAACGGAUUCGUAGACAAAAAGCAUCAAUGAAAAAAUUAGGAUUUCCUACUGAUAUGUUUCCUGUUAUUUCACCAAUUUGUUCUCCUAUGAUUUCAAUGAAUAUGGGUUUUAAUGAUAAUGAAGAUAAGGAAAAUAGUCCAACUAAUAGUAGUGUAGAUGAUAAUAUGAGUUAUAUUCUUGGACAAAAGAAAGAAGAAGAACAACAAGAAGAAGAAAAUAUUGUUGGAGAUGAAAUUGCUGAUGAAGAUAUUUUAGAUAUUCUUUUAAGUCAUCCAACUACACCAAUGAAUUUCCCUGUUUCAAAGUCAGCAUCACCAUUUUGGGAUAUGGGAUGUAGUGAUGGAGAAGAAAAUCCAUCAGAAGAAAAUCUUUCUAUAUUAAAUGAAUUAAGAAGUGCUAAAGAUCAAAACGAUGAAGAAACAGUUGCUACAGAAGUACCUCAUUUUGUUCAUUCCUUGUUGAUGUGA